AUGGCGUCUUCCCAUCCGCCAUAUUUUCAUAUGAUAAGCGAAGCAAUCACCACGUUGAAGGAUCGAACCGGGUCGAGCCAGCCGGCAAUUGCGAAAUUCGUGGAGGAUAACUACGAGAAAUCGCUCCCUACAAACUUCCGGAAAAUCAUGUCCGUCCAACUGAAGAGGCUCGUCAGAUUGGAGAAGAUCUCGAAGGUCAAGAGCUCGUACAAGAUUCCAGCCACCUCAAAAACCUCGAUUCCUCAUAAGAAAACCGUCACGGCGGCCGGAAAAUCUGCCGCGGAGAAAGCGAAGAAGAAGAAAACGAAGAGGCUGAGCGAGGUCAAAACGCCUGAGGCCGUGAAAAAAAAAAAUCAUGACAGCGGAAAAGAAGAAGUGGGCCCCAUGGCUAGGGCCGGCUCGACUCCAGCGACGAAAAAAGGUAAGAAAAAGAAGUGA